GUGGCAUGCCAAUCACAACACCAUGAACGUCCAAUCUCACCAGUCCCACGCCAUCACCACCAUGGCCAUCGUCCGCGAAGCGUUCUCACCGAGCACUGCAGAUGGAGGCGGCCACCACGACGAUAGCGCCGGCCACGACUCGACCAGCGACGAUGACGACAUUGCCCCCAGCAGCAAAUUCCUCGCGGAUCUUAAGACGGAGUCGGUGCGCUGCCGCAACGAACUGGCCAAGCAGGAAAAACGCUUCGAAGAACUCAAGAAAGUGCACCACGCGUCGAUGGAGAACAUAGUGUCCAUUUACACCACGUUAGAGAAGACGUUCGACGCGCAUUUGGGGCAAUUGGAGGCCCAUUCGAGUUCCUUACUGGCCCAGCAGCACCGUCUCGAGGAGCUUUUGACCAAGGACUACUCCGUCGUAUCAUCUCCCAGCAAGGCCAACGAACUGAAACGCGACGCCAGCUCGGUCGAAGCUGCCACACCGCCACGAAAGCGCUCAAAGGCGGCCGCCGCCUCGCCCACCCCAGUGCGCCUCCUUCCGCCGCGAAAGGCAGCUCCCGCGCAUGAACUACCACCUACUCUCCGCGGUCAUCCAGGCAAGCCCCCUGCGAGAGGCCGUCCCGCCAAAGCCGACGAUUCUGAAGUCCACGAUGUGACAGAGUUCGCGUACCAUGGUCGAUGGGACGUGGCUCGAUGCGGGCAGUUCUCGGAGAUCGACCAGCAGGGCAGGCGAAUGCGGUCGACGUCGUCCGGAUGGAACGUGGUGAUUGGCCGCGAGCCAGCCGACUCGUUUGUCGUGCGCGUGUCUUUUCCGACCACCAAGCAAAAGAACUCGGUGGCCAUUGGUUUGACCAAGGAGCCCAACUUCUGGAAGGAGCCGCUGCAAGCCACGCACUCGGCGUUCGACUUCAACCAGUUCGGCUGGUUCCUGAACGUCCAACGCGGCGCCCUGUGUUCGAAGGCCGGCCACGACAACGCGCCGUACUGCACGCGCUUCAAAACCGGCGACGUCCUGGCUGUGGUGCUGGACACGGACACUUCCACCGUGCGCUUCUUCAAGAAUGGAAAAGACCUGGGCGUGGCCUUCACGGACGUGACCGAGCGCGACAUGUACCCUGCCGUCAUCACGUAUGAUCGCGGGAUCAAGUUGGAGUUGCUUUAGCGUAACAGGUGAGUUGUAAUGAGUAACACCGCUGUAUAUUAAGUCUGUACAUGGUAGUUAGCAAUGGAAUGUAGUCGACUUUCUGUAGUAACUGUACUCUC